GUUUACUGUAAAGGACUUUGGCUUCCUUCUCCCUGCAGAAAACUCCAAACUCUCCGGGGAGCAGCAUCAGUAGAAGCACACCUCCAACAUGUCCCUCCUCACCCACCUGUUGGCGUGUCUGUUCGGGAUGGGCUCCUGGGUCUCCAUCAACGGCCUGUGGGUGGAGCUGCCCCUCGUCGUCCCCCAGAUCCCCGAGGGUUGGUACCUGCCCUCGUACCUCUCCGUCCUCAUCCAAAUGGCCAAUGUCGGGCCCCUCUUUGUCACCCUGAUGCACCGCUUCCGGCCCGGCGCCCUGAACGAAGCGGCCAUCAUAUACGCCAUCAUCGGCCUGGGCACCGCUGCGAGCUUCCUGCUGGCUUUCUUCUGGAAGGAGACCGUGGUGGUGGCAGGCGCUCCUCGCAGUGUGGCCCUGCUCGUUUUGACUUUCUUCCUCGCCACCGUCGACUGCACUUCCUCCGUCACCUUCCUGCCCUUCAUGAUGCGCCUCAAGACUCAGUACCUGACCACGUACUACAUUGGGGAGGGCUUGAGCGGCCUGCUGCCUGCCUUGGUGGCUCUGAUCCAGGGAGUCGGAGUGGUCCACUGCAUAAACAGCACCCGGUUUUUGAACCACACCCUGAAUUCCUCCGACAGCUCGGUGACCUUUGACCUGCAGGCUCAAUAUCAGCCUGCCAACUUCUCCGCCGAGGUGUUUUUCUUCUUCCUCAGCGCCAUGAUGCUGGUGUGCCUGGCGGCGUUCCUGCUGCUGAACUACCACCCGUCCGUGGCUAGAGAGCGCCCCGGCGGCCGACGCACCAAUAGGGGGAAGGACAAAUCUGAGCGGGACAGGAAGUGGGCGGAGCAGAAGCCCAUGAUGGAUACGUACAGACCUGCGAGCCAGAAGCGCAGCAGCUUUGGUACCGGCUUGUACAGCUGGACGCAGGUGUUUUACAUAUUUGUGAUCCUGGCCUGGGCCAACGCACUGACCAACGUGGUGCUUCCCUCGGUGCAGUCCUACUCGUGCCUGCCGUACGGGAACAACUCCUAUCACCUAUCAGCCACCAUGGCUGCCGUGGCAAACCCUCUCGCCUGCUUCAUCGCCAUGUUCUUCCCCAUAAGAUCUCUGCUGCUGAUGGGAGCUCUCACGGUGAGCGGAAGCGGGGUCGGAGCCUAUAUAAUGGGCAUGGCGGCGCUGAGUCCGUGUCCGCUGCUGGUUAAUGAAACUUCCGGCGGCGUCAUCAUCGUGCUGGCCUGGGUCCUGUUUAUUCUCACUCUGUCCUACGUGAAGGUGAUCAUCGGGCUGAUCCUGCGCGACGAGGGCCACGGCGCCCUCGUGUGGUGCGGAGCGGUAGUGCAGCUGGGCUCCCUGCUGGGAGCCGUGACCAUGUUUCCCGUGGUCAGCGUGUACAGCUUCUUCUCAUCUGGGGACCCGUGCAACACCAGAUGUGAAUAAAGACUCGUCAUUCGUGUU